AUGUACCUCGCACAAUUUGGCUAUCUGAGCCCUUCGGUUCGCAACCCUUCUAGCGGAGGGUUGAUAGAUGCCUCCACGUGGACAAGCGCAAUUUCAGAGUUCCAGAGCUUCGCCGGCAUCAACGCUACAGGUGAACUGGAUGAACAAACAAUGGAACUCAUGAGUCUACCCAGAUGUGGAGUCAAAGAUAAAGUUGGUUUUGGCAGCGAUUCGCGAUCGAAGAGAUACGCUCUACAAGGAAGUAGAUGGCGAGUGAAAGAUCUAUCGUACAAGAUAAGCAAAUACCCCAGAAAACUGGACCGGGCUCAAGUCGACGCCGAGAUCGCACGAGCUUUCGCCGUAUGGAGUCAACACACCGAUCUGACAUUUACGCCGCGAUCAGGACAAGUGCAUAUUGAAAUCAGAUUCGAGAAAGGAGAACACGGCGACGGUGAUCCUUUUGAUGGGCCAGGAGGCACUUUGGCACAUGCUUAUUUCCCAGUGUACGGUGGAGAUGCACAUUUCGACGAUGCAGAGAAGUGGAGCAUUAAAAGUUUUACCGGGACCAACUUGUUUCAAGUGGCCGCACAUGAAUUUGGUCAUUCGCUCGGUCUGAGUCACUCCGAUGUGAGAAGUGCCCUGAUGGCCCCAUUCUAUCGCGGAUAUGAACCAUCGUUUGAACUGGACAGCGAUGAUAUUAUGGGAAUUCAAGCUCUUUAUGGAAAGAAAUCGAAAACUGGCACCAAACGUCCAGCAGCUGCAGCACCUACAACAUUGCGACCAACCGACAAGAAAAAUUCAGUACUUUGUACAGAUCCUAAAAUUGACGCAUUGUUCAAUUCUGCAAGUGGUGAUACUUUUGUUUUCAAGGAGAAUUAUUGGAAAUUGACCGAGGACGGUGUCGAAGUGGGUUAUCCUAAAAGGAUAUCCGACACUUGGCGUGGCCUACCGGGUCAUAUAGACGCUGCGUUUACCUACAAAAACGGCAAAACAUACUUCUUCAAAGGAACUCAGUAUUGGAGAUAUGCGGAUAAACGGAUGGAUGGCGCUUAUCCCAAAGAAAUAUCAGAUGGAUUUACUGGCAUUCCAGAUAAUGUCGAUGCCGCAUUAGUCUGGAGCGGUAACGGCAAGAUUUACUUCUACAAAG